CGGAUUUAUAUAUAAAAUUGUCCAAUAAUGCAAAACUCGUCGUAUUACAGUAAACCGACGAGGUGCUAAAGUAGAGGGUCGAAACCCCCAAACCGAGUUUUUACGAAUUAGGGCUCUCCGACUCGACUCUCCUCUCGAUUCUCAUCGCUUCGAAUUCAUUUUCCUCCGCUGAAAUUGCUCUCAAUCGACUGCUUGGGGGUUCGAAUUUGGAGUCGGAUAAAAUUAGGGUUUGGGAUUCGCAUCGGUUAUUACGUGGCUUCGCGAUUUCGAUCGCGAUUCGGGACGAGACGACUUUCUGGUUACCCAGAAUUUGUAAUUGUUGAUUUGGACUAGAAAUGCGGGGAUAUGAUACACAGAGAUUCGAUCGACCAGUUGAGGAAUAUGAUGAUUAUGAGUCCGAGGGGGAUGGAUAUGGAUACGAGGAGGAAAGAGAUGAGUAUGAAGAUGAAGAGGAAGAGGAAGAGGAAGAAGAAGAAGCUCCAAAACCCACCAAGGAAGCAUUGGAGUACCUUGAGUUGAGACAACGCUUGAAAGAACAAGUUCGAAGGCAGAUGAAGAAGAAGGAAGGUGGUUCUCGGGCCAACUCCAAUGAUAGAAAAAAGCUCCCCUACGAUAAUUUUGGAUCGUUCUUUGGCCCUUCUCAACCAGUUAUCGCUCAGAGAGUAAUUCAAGAAAGCAAGUCGUUGUUGGAAACCCAGCAUCUGGCAUCUAGGGCCACAAACUCUGUCCAUCCUAACAAGAAGAGCUCUGGGUCUACCUCUGGUGGCUCUAAAUCUGUUGCACAUAACCCGAAACCCAAAGUAAUUAAUGAGCAAAAAAAUAAACUCCAAAAGCUUAAAGACACUAGAGAUUACUCAUUUUUAUUAUCUGAAGAUGCGGAGCUUCCUGCUCCUGCAAAGGAUCGUCCCCCUCGAAGUGACUCUGCUCUGAAGUCUGAGGUGCGAUCAAGUCAAACAAUGGCAAAAAGUAAACAACCUUUGGCAAAUAAUGGUAGACCUGUCCAUGGUGGUCUUGAUAAUGGUAGAUCUGUUCAUGGCAGUCGUGAGAAUGGGAGACCUGUUCAUGGCAGUCGUGAGAAUGGGAGACCUGUUCAUGGCAGUCGUGAGAAUGGGAGACCUGUUCAGGGCAGUCAUGAGAAUGGGAGACCUGUUCAAGGCAGUCGUGAGAAUGGGAGACCUGUUCAAGGCAGUCGUGAGAAUGGGAGACCUGUUCAGUCUGGUCGUGAUGAAAGGAAAGCGGUUCCUACUAAUGGACAUAUGCAUUCUAAAGUUGGGUCCAAUAGGCCAAGUUCUGCCAGUAGCCGACCUGGUUCAACAUCAAUGGACUCUAGAAAACAACUUGGUAGCAACAAUGCAAAUGGGCCUGGCCGGCCUCUAGGGCCAAAAGGUCUGCCUUCAAAGAUGCCUGCUUCUACCACAGAGAGGAGGGCUUCUGCACCAGGUUUGAAGAAUUCCCUGUCUUCUUUGCAGAAAGCACCCUCUUCAACGUCGCAGUCAUCUGUUCAGAGGCAGCCAGUACAGCAAAGAAAAGAAAUACGAGAACCUUCUAAGCCCAAUAUGUUAUCAAAACAGUCCACGGGAUUGUCAAAACCUCAGAUCCACAAGCCACAAAUGCAUAAGCAAAUCCCAUCACGUCCUGUGUCACAAGAGUAUCGUCCCAAAAAAAGGCCUGCAAGCAGGUUUGCAGAUGAUGAGUAUGACCCUGAAUCGGGGGAUAUUAGUAGUAUGAUCAGAAACAUGUUUGGUUACAAUCCAACUAAAUUUGCUGAUGAUGACGACGUUAGUGACAUGGAGGCAGGAUUUGAAGAUAUUCAGAGGGAGGAGAGGAGAAGUGCAAAAAUUGCAAGACAGGAGGAUGAAGAACAAGCUAGGUUGAUAGAAGAAGAAGAAAGGAGGGAACGUUUGGCCGCCAAGAUGAGAAAACAGAAGAAGCUCAAGCGAUAGCGACCAUAGGAAAGGCAAUUUUGCCUCAUCCGAAAAGUUUGGUCACCAAUUAAGUCACCUUGGUAUUCUUCUCGUGCUAAAGUGAAGUUGACUCUGAUUGGACUAAUUAUUCUGCAGAUGUAGGUUCACAUGCAUUGCUAAUUCAAAUGUAUUUUUGGUAUCAAAUAAUGUGAAAUAUAAGUUUUGGGUUUUGCUCGA